CAGUGUUGAGUCCUUCACUGGGCUGCAGCUGAGGUCAGAGCGAGAGGACCGGGUAUAACACCGGGAACAAAACUCUGUGGAGGACACCAACAAAUGUACCGGUGAUAGCAUUUUAACCUCAACUCCUUACAUGUCCUGCAGAACGGAGAUGGGGAUAAGAGAGUUGCCAAGUCAUGGAUAGAUCGCAACAAUGACACAUGAGACCCUCACAAGCUCCCAGCUGUCUGUCAAGGCUGCUGUCCUGCGCAUGGUCCACCUACCGCUGUCCAUGUACAGCUCUCUGGCACAGGUGAGUAUAAGCACAGGGACCAAGAAGCUGGUGGCAGCUUCUGCCUUCAGCGCAAUCUCGCUCCUCUUCCUCGCACGGCGCUUCCAGAGGAGGAAGGGAAGAAAAAAGGCCCAGUCUCCACAGUGGGAGCAGGCAGGAUUUGAGUUCCUCCCGCCUGCCUCAGCAGGGAACGAUAACACCAGCCAAAACAUCACUCUCUCCCUCAACUCCAAGAAUGGCCUCUCCUCUGGUCUGCUCCUCCCUACAGGAGACUACAGGAAACUGUCCGGGUCUCUACUGAGCCUGGCCUCUGUUAAAAGCAUGAACUCAUCCAGCAGCAGCACCUGCGCUAAUGAAUCCACCUUUUGGGACAGAGCAGGAGAAGCUGAUAUCUGCGGAUUCGUCAACAUACCUGUCACCACGCCUGAAAACCUGUACCUCAUGGGUAUGGAUUUAUUUGAGGAGGCUCUAAGACGGUGGGAGGAAGCGUUGACAUUUAGGAGCAAGCAGGGAGAAGACGAUGCCAGCUGUGUUUCUGUCAAAACAGGAGCUGGAGACGCCAUUGCUGAGCAGGGCAUGGAGGACGUCAUCAGUACAGAGUUCAUCCACAGGCUGAAGUCUCUGCUGCAGCGGGCCUACAGCCUUCAGGAGGAGUUUGAGGGAGUGUUGUGCACGUCAGAGCCUUCUUCCCACAGCAACAGCCAGGACAGAAUGGUGGACAUUUUGGCCAGAGAGGAGUUGGAUGACGCCUGUUUGAAAGACAGCAUGAGCAUCGCCUCCACUGACUCAUUUGUGUCUGCUGCUGAGCUGUCGGAGCACAGAGACCUGAGGAAUGUCCUCGCUCUCGGUCAUCAUCCUUUCUACGACGAGGCGCUGCAGAUGGCUGAGGAUGGAAAGAUCUCCUGCAGGGUUCUGCGGACUGAGCUGCUCGAGUGUGUUGGAGAUUUAGAUUUUCUGGCCAAGUUGCACUGUGUGCGGCAGGCAAGUCAGCUCAUUUCAUGUGAGAGAAAGACCAGGAUGUUUCUGGCAGACACUGGAAAGAAAAUCCUGUCCUCCAUUAUUGUAAAAGCACAGAAGAGCCCACAGAGAUUCGAGGAUGUGUUUGAGGAGAUGAUUGCCUUCCUGGAGCACACGGAGCACUGGGAAAACACAGAGGUGGAACUGGCCACACGAGGGGUGAAGCACUUGAACUUCUAUGACAUAGUCCUGGACUUCAUCCUGAUGGACUCGUUUGAGGACCUGGAGAAUCCACCCAUCUCCAUCCAGAACGUGAUCAACAACCGCUGGCUCAACAGCUCCUUCAAGGAAACGGCUGUGGCAUCAAGUUGUUGGUCAGUGAUGAAGCAGAAGAGACAGCACAUGAAGGUGCCUGAUGGCUUCAUCGCUCAUUUCUACGCUGUGUGUGAACAGAUCAGUCCCGUCCUGGCCUGGGGCUUCCUGGGGCCAAAGAGCUCCCUGCACGACCUCUGCUGCUUCUUCAAGGAUCAGGUGCUGUGCUUCCUAAAGGACAUUUUCGAUGUGGAUAAAGUGCGUUACACCUCCGUGGAGACUCUAGCAGAGGACAUGCUCCACCUGCUGCACCGGCGCUCUGAGCUGCUGCUGGCCUACCUGGGCGCCGACUCCCUACGGCACAUCAACGGCUGUAGUUCAACACAGGUGCAGCUGGUACCUAACAGUGCGCUGCUGGAGGCAAAGGUUCAGUGAGAAACCGACCCGAACACUGCAUACAUGGAUCUUAUUUUGUAGGUGGAGUUCUCAACAAUUGUUGAAGCAAAGAUCAGAGUUGACUUAUCCACCCACUUAACUGGAAAUGAUAAACUGUCACAUAAAACAUUAUUUCUCCAAGGUCUGAAUUCCACUUCACACAUCUCCCAUCAUGCUUUGUGCUCUAACAAGGAUCUAUGUAAAACUGUACCAGCUGUCUGCCUUCACAUUUGAUCAUCCUGUCACUCACUGUGCCAUCGCAGCGCAAGCUAAAUAUCUUAGCAAUAACAUGUGUAAUUCAACUCUGUGUUAGAUGUUACACGGUGUAAAGUGAAGGCAUAUUUCUUGCUGCUAAAAUGUGUGAACAGAAAGAUGGUAUUUUAUAUUAUUUAUUUUUGCUAUAGAGCUAAAUGACACGUUUUAUUUUAGAAGCUGUAGUUUUAUUUGUACGCAUCAGUGAAUUUGUGAUCAGCUUCAAACAUGCAGUAUUAAAAAAAACACAAUGUUGUAUUAUAGAAUUUAUCAGAUGAAAUUUAUUGUCUGUAUUUUCACUUACUGCUCCGCAUCAGCAAUGCAAAACCAUAAAAUGUACUACUGUGUUUUUGUAACAAGCAAACGUGAUGUAAAAUGUGCUGUGUCAGAAAUGGGUAAUUAUAUUGAAGAUGAAUAAAAGGGAAAGUCGUUAUUUUGGAAUUUA